AUGGAAUCUGGAAGGAUUGAAGAAGCUCUGAAGGUCAUGUUUAAGGUCAGGAAUGAAGCUGAAGAGGAGGUUAUUAAGGUAGGAAGUAGUUAAUAAUAAUAUUGCCUUUAGCUUCGGAAUGUCGUUGACAGAAAGAAAAAGAAGUGAAGAAGCUGUCGACUUGGCCCAAGCAGCUAGCCGAAGACACCAAGAAGUGGGAAGGGCUUUGGGAAGGCGAAUUUGGAAAGGUAAAAUACCUUAUGUGCACUUUGUUUUUAAAAACGAGUUUAAAAUGUUUGAAAUAUUAAUUAAAUUACAACGUUUAGAAUUGGUAAAAUACGUUUUUCCAGUAAUGAUAUUUGCCGGAAAAACUAAACUAUCAUUUCAGAAAGUACUUCAACAUCAAUCCAAUAAACUGGCUGAAAAUACGACAGUUGUGACUGAAAUGAACAGUAAUAUCCAAUACUGUAAGCAGAUGAUCUCGUUCAAACGAAUGUCACAACAACGACUGGCUGAACAAAGUCGGGAGCUCUACAAGAAUUGUCAGGUGGGGUAAUAUAACAUAUGAAAUUAAUAUGUUCAUAAAUACUAGUAGAUAAUAUAGUUAUUGAAUUAGACCUGAAAAGAGGACCACUAGUCUCGGUCUUUGCCUAAUUUGAAAGGGACUGGACAGGCAAUGUGGGCCCGAGAUGUUAUGAAGAGUAAUACAUUUAACGUUACUCUCUUUCAGCACGAAUUGAACCGUGUGCAACGCGAGAUCAGCUGGCUGAAGGAUCAAGUAGCUGAAUGGAAGUUGAAGACAGUCCAAAACGAAUUGAUAGUCGAGAAAAUGAAAGUGGAUUUGGAGAAUACCAACAUGACACUACUGGACAAAAGGGCUAUGGUUGAGGAAAUGAAGGUAAGUUUAUAUGCAGGGAAAGGGCAUGUAGAGUAGGGUAGAGUAAGGUAGGGUAAGGUGGUGUAAAUUAAGAUAGGAUGUGAUAGGGUUGGGUAAAGUAAGGCGGCGUAACACAGGGUAGGGUAGAAAAUUAUUUUUUUUUAAUUUAAAAAAUUGCAUUUUAUUUUGAAACCGGAACGUUUAAGAUUUUUUUGUUAAAUUCAAGGUCGUGAACAAGCGAUUACUUAAUGAACAGUUUGUAGUUGUUAAUUUAUGGAUUUGAUCAUUACUUUUUGAAAAACAGUAAAGAAAAACUUGCACUUUUAUUUUAUUUUCUUGCGGUUUUAAAAUUUUUUUAAAUUUUGGCGAUUUUUUUGAAAAGUCGUUUAAUACCUGUAGCAGAUGGCGGUUUAAGAAAUAGUACUUCUUUUUGGCAGAACAGUAUCAUUUUUGACAAAACAAUGGUUUUUUUUGCGGAACUGUGUUAUUUUUGAAAAAUGGGGUUGCAACCGGUUGUAUUGGAACAAGGUAGUACAAUUUUCUGAUACUUGGUGCUUAUUUUUGACAUAAUGAUACUAUUUUUAAUAAAUGGUACUCUAUUGUGAGAAAAUAGUACCAUUUUUGAUACCUAAUGUUACUUUUAUGCAAAACGGUACUAUUUCUAAGAAAUGGUAUUCUAUUGGGAGACAGUAGUACUAUUUUUGGUAACUAAUGCUACUUUUGUGCAAAACCGUACUAUUUUUAAAAAAUGGUACUGUAUUGUCAGAAAAUAGUAUUAUUUUUGAUACCUGAUGCUAUUUUUUCAGGCAGAAGUAUACUAUUUUUUAAAAAUUUUAUUGUAUCGUGACAAACUAAUAACAUUUUAUGAUAACGAGUACUAUUGCCGAAGGCGUGAUUUUGGUUUGGAGAGGCAGACAAAAAAUUCGUAGAGAUAGUUGAUUUUUAACAUUUUUUUAAGUUUUUUAUUAAAAAUUAAUAAAACAUUGAAAAGACAACAAGCCUUUUUCAUGACCAUUUACACUUGUGCAAAACUGUUUUUUUGUUUGUUGAAAACCAUCGCCUCAAGGUUAAAAGCCGUGAUUCUCGAAAUGUUCAAAGUUUUAACCUGAUGUGUAAUGUAGAGUCACGCUUUGUACCUAAAAAUAUUUACAGGCCGACUUGGAAGAACAACGACGUCAGCGAUUCUUGGCUGAACUACAUCACAAGGGACACAAUAUCAUGAAGGAACUCUGA